UGCAGAUUAUCUUCCUGGGAAACAUCACUCUCUGUAUGUAAAGAAUAUCUCACUGAAUUGCUGCAACUGAGUUUAGAAUGUUACUUGACUUGUGAUUCAGAUGGAGGAAUAACCAGAUCUCAGGCUGCUGCACUGGAAGUCUUUACAGGAAAUACAAAAUGUCAUCGAAUAGGAGUCAGAACCCACAUGGACUUAAACAGAUUGGUCUUGACCAGAUAUGGGAUGACCUAAGAGCUGGAAUUCAACAGGUUUACACCAGACAAAGUAUGGCAAAAUCCAGAUACAUGGAACUCUACACUCAUGUUUAUAACUACUGUACUAGCGUACACCAGUCUAAUCAAGCACGGGGAGCUGGAGUACCUCCUUCUAAAUCGAAAAAGGGCCAGACACCUGGAGGUGCUCAGUUUGUUGGCUUGGAACUGUACAAACGGCUAAAAGAAUUUCUGAAAAACUACUUGACAAAUCUCCUUAAGGAUGGUGAAGAUUUGAUGGAUGAGAGUGUGCUGAAAUUCUACACUCAACAGUGGGAAGAUUAUAGGUUUUCAAGCAAAGUAUUGAAUGGGAUAUGUGCCUACCUCAAUAGACAUUGGGUUCGUCGUGAGUGCGAUGAAGGUCGUAAAGGAAUAUAUGAAAUUUAUUCACUUGCCUUGGUGACCUGGAGAGACUGCUUAUUCAGGCCAUUAAAUAAGCAGGUAACAAAUGCUGUGUUGAAAUUGAUUGAAAAGGAAAGAAAUGGUGAAACUAUCAAUACAAGGCUGAUCAGUGGAGUUGUACAAUCUUAUGUGGAGCUAGGACUGAAUGAAGAUGAUGCAUUUGCAAAAGGACCUACACUAACUGUCUAUAAAGAAUCCUUUGAAUCUCAGUUUCUUGCUGACACAGAGAGAUUUUAUACACGAGAAAGUACUGAAUUCUUGCAACAGAACCCAGUCACAGAGUACAUGAAGAAGGCUGAGGCUCGCCUUCUUGAGGAACAACGUAGAGUUCAGGUAUAUCUCCAUGAGAGCACACAAGAUGAGUUAGCACGAAAAUGUGAGCAGGUACUUAUUGAAAAACACCUGGAGAUAUUUCAUACAGAGUUUCAGAAUUUGUUGGAUGCUGACAAAAAUGAAG